GUGCGAAAUUGUUUCGAGAAAUGAGUGCAGAGAAAAGGAUUGGCUUGGAAAAGUAGGUUCCGAUUUCCUUGGACCCCUCGUGUUGGAAACUUGGAAUCAGCGUACCAAACCCAACCCAACCCAACCAAACCCAACCAUUUUCUUUACCCUCUACACGGUUGCUAUCCCACCCCCACCUCCACCUUAACCCACCCCACUUCACACCAUCAACAUUACCAGACAACACUAUACAAUUCUAAACAUAGAGACACAAAGAAGGGACAUAAACAACGACACUUACCUUAUUUCCUGUAGACUCUGUUUGUGUUGUAAUAUAGUUUUUGUGUAACAUACCCUUCUUAGCUUCUUUAAUGUUCAAUGGCCACUUCUCUUCAUCUUCUCUUCAUCACUUGUUUCUCUUUUCUACAAUCCUCGUAUUCCUCUCCUCCUCCUCCUUCUCCUUCCUUUCUCUAUGCUCUUCAAUCCCAAUGCUCUCUCGCCAUGUCCCCUAACCCUCCUCUUCAGGUGGAUGGGAAUUUCAUUGAAGGGCUUUUGUCUGACAAAAAGAGGGUUGGAUACAUUUCUAUACUCUUCUAUGCUUCCUGGUGUCCUUUUUCACAUAGAAUCGUUCCUGAAUUUGAGAUUCUUAGUUCCAUGUUUCCUCAUGUAGAACAUGUGGCACUUGAACAAUCAUCAGCUUUACCAAGCUUAUAUUCAAAAUAUGCAAUCCAUAGUUUGCCUGCUAUCUUAUUGGUGAACCAGACAUCAUGGCUGAGAUAUCAUGGUCCCAACAAUCUUAACGCCCUUGUAGAGUUUUAUGAGAGUAACACAGGAUUUGAAGCAAGGGACAACAUUGUUGUUGGUGGACUAAGCAACUUGAUUAUUGAUGAACAUUCAACUAUGAAGUCAUUGAUGGGCUUCUCCCUCAAAGAAAUAUCAAGCAGGGAACCUUACUUAGCAUUAUCUAUGUUGUUUCUCGGUCUGAGGAUUAUUCUGUUUGUGUUUCCUGAGAUUAUGUUGCGUCUCCAAGCACUCUGGGCAUCCUAUGUUCCUCACUUGAACUUGCAAAUAUUUGGCGAGACAAGCCACAUGGUAGGGCGUGUUCUUAACUUAGUUGAUGUGAAGAGGAUUUUGACCAAGCUAAGACUCUGCAAGACCAGGAACUUUCAUGAAAGGGCAAGGAGUGCCCAAGUUUGGGCAUCAUCUCUGGCUUCUGUUUCUCUGGGUGAGUCAUCUUCAUCAGCUAGAUGAUAAUCUCAAAUCUCAAUGUUUGUACUAACCAUGUUGUUAUAGUCAUUUUGAGGGUAGUGAAGAGUUAAUCAGAUAAUAUCUUCAAGUUGCAGUGAAGCUUGGGAACCCGUAACAGUUUCUCUCUCUCUCUCUCUCUCUCUCUAAUUUUGUUAUUAGUUAAAGGACGUGAAAGUUUAAGUUGAAUUUUGGGAGAAAGUGAAGGGGUGUGUAUAUUUGAGAACAGCUUUCCUUUGUAAAUUUGUGAGUAUGAAUGUAUACACACAUUGUCUAUGUUUAAUAAAAAGUUUUUUUUUUUUUUUUUUUUUCUAUUUUU